CGAGACCAACACCACCUCCACCGUUACUCAGACCUGACUCAUGUGGGGUCAAUAUGACCACGAGAUGUAUCCAGAUGGCCCAGCCUUGGAAAUCCUGCGAUGAUGUCCGUUCUCCACCUGCGAUCUCACCUUCCAAGCUCCACCGCUACAGACACUCGGCAAAGCGAGGCCUCCCCGACAUGCCGAAAAGCGACAACAACGCAGUCUUGAGAGCACUGGCUCUUCUCAGUCAUGGCUUAUCAAGAUGACCGGCACUCCAGUUCCGUUCUUGGUUUCGUCAUAUUCUCCGUAUUCCAAAGGACGCAAUUUUUGGCCUCGGGGGGAAUAAUUCGUUUGUGACCCCACAGGCAAAUAAUGGAUCUGGAGAACGGAGUAUAUAUGGGGAUGAUGACUCCCUCCUGGGAUGUCUAUCUUACGAUCGAGGAUUAGUUACUUUGGUUCGAAAAGUCUAGUCUUUACCCUUUAUUCUAUACGGUCAUCAUGGCUCCUUCAACAAGCACGCUGUCAGACCCCCAGGAAUAUCAGAAGAUCUUCCACUGGGCAGAAACACAAAAGGAUGGCACCAUUCCGUCCUUUAACACGAGACGGAAUGAUCCUUAUGAGUAUCAAGCCGGCUUUGGCAAUUCAUUUGUCUCCGAGGCUGUUCCAGGCACCAUUCCACAGGGUCAAAACAGUCCUCGCAAUGUCCGAUUUGGCUUGUAUGCGGAGCAGAUCACUGCAACCGCUUUCAUUGCUCCUAGACAUUCUAACAAGAAGGCAUGGUUGUACCGUGCUCGUCCGGCUGUCGCUCACCAGGGAUUUACCAACCUUCCCGACAAUGGAGACACCGAGUCCAACUUCAUGCCCCUGAACCCCCGAGUCCAUGUCUCUCCGACGCAGCUGGCAUGGCACCCGUUCGACAUCCCCACCGAGGGUGAGGUCGACUUUGUCUCUGGCCUCAAGACCGUGGCUGGAUCAGGAGAGCCAACCUUCCGAGAGGGCCUGGCCACUCACGUCUAUACCGCUAAUACUAGCAUGACCAAGAAAGCCUUUGUGAACUCUGAUGGAGAGUUCCUUAUUGUUCCCCAGCAGGGUGCUUUGGACAUUCAGACCGAGUUCGGACCAAUCUUUGUUCAGCCCGGUGAGAUUGUUAUCAUCCAGCGUGGCCUUCGCUUCCGCGUCGAACUGCCCGAUGGUCCUUCUCGUGGUUAUAUCCUUGAGGUUUGGGGUACUCAUUUUGAGCUCCCCGAGCUGGGGCCUUUGGGUGCUAACGGUCUGGCCAACUCUCGGGACUUCUUGACUCCUGUUGCCCAAUAUGAGAUUACCCAGGAGCCGUGGGAGAUUAUCUACAAGCUUGGUGGCAAGUUUUUCCGUAGCACACAGAACCACAGUCCUUUCGAUGUGGUUGCCUGGCACGGUAACUAUGUACCAUACAAAUACGACCUGACCAAGUUCGUCAAUGUUGGCUCCAUCUCCGUCGACCACAUCGAUCCCUCCAUCUUUUGUGUGCUCACGGCCAAGUCCCGCGACCUCAAUGCACCUCUGGCCGAUUUCCUUAUUUUCUCUCCCAGAUGGGAUGUUGCUUCGCACACCUACCGACCACCAUACUACCACCGCAAUGCUGCAUCAGAGUUGAUGGGUUUGAUCUACGGAGGCUACGGUGGACGCUCCGAUGCCUUCCAGCCGGGCAGUGUCUCUUUUGAAUGUGGAAUGGUUCCCCACGGUGUCGCCUAUGAAGAGUUCAAGGCAGCCACAGAAAACGAGCCGCCUGUGUCGCGCAUCUCGGAAGCAUCAGUCGCUUUCAUGUUCGAGUCCAGUCGCCCAUUCACCAUCACUGAGUAUGCAUGGAACAGCAACAAGAAGCACGAGCAUGAGCCGAAGAUGUGGGAUAACCUUGUGGACAAUUUCUCGAGCCACGCUAAGGAGGUGGAGGAGAUCCUAGCGAAGAAGGCCCAGGGAUAUCGCAUCUAGGAUGAUCAAUUUCUGGUUGAUUACUUCUGUUUAUUUAGCGUUGCUCUUCUGCAUAACAUUGUAUUGUAAAUAGUUGAUAUCAAACGAGUAUUGUCUUUGAGUAUGAGCAAGCCAUAAGUCUAUUGCGGGCUAUAACUUAUAAGCAGC